UACUGAGUAUACCUAUAUUUGAUUAUUAGUAAAUUAAAAUUGAGUAUAAAUAAGUUGAUAUGGUUGCAAAAAUCUCACUUUACAUUCUUGUUCCGUUGUAAUAAAGAAGUCGAUUAUAUCCGCAUUGCAAUAUGAAUUUAUCGUCGAAAUAUCUUCACCUGCUAGCGGUGUUCUUACUUCUUACGUGUUUUACAUCUACUAUCGAGGCAAAACUAAACUUCAAACCACAGGACUUAUCAGAUGAUAUACAAGGAAAUGUGAAAUCGGCAUUUAAAUAUUUUUGGCCAAGACAUACUAAAACUACAACACUUAAGCCAAAUACAACUGAACCACAAACCGAAUCAACGACCUAUUAUUCUAAUUCGACUACCGAAGGAUAUAAUACAACGACCUAUUACUCUAAUUCGACUACCGCAGGAUAUAAUACAACGGCCUAUUACUCUAAUUCGACUACCGCAGGAUAUAAUACAACGACCUAUUAUUCUAAUUCGACCACCGCAGGAUAUAAUACAACGACCUAUUAUUCUAAUUCGACUACCGGAGGAUAUAAUAAAACAUCUGAUCCCGAAACAACAGCAUAUUAUUAUUCUAAUUCGACUACCGGAGGCUGGAAUACAACGACUGUUGAACCAACAACAUACUAUUCUAAUUCGACUACCGGAGGAUGGAAUACAACGACUGUUGAACCAACAACAUACUAUUCUAAUUCGACUACCGGAGGACGGAAUACAACGACUGUUGAACCAACAACUUACUAUUCUAAUUCGACUACCGGAGGAUGGAAUACAACGACUGUUGAACCCGAAACAACGACACAUGAAGUUACUCAUCAUCAUCAUCAUCAUCAUCGAAGAAGAACAACAACAACACUACAACAAUAAAAGGAGAUUUCUCAAUAAUAUAAUAAAAUAUAACAAGAGACAGUAUUUAUAGGUAAAAUUAUCUAUCUACCCGAAAAAUAGCGAUAAGGUAGUUAUAAUGAUAAUAUUUAAUGUGUCAUGUAUAACAAUAAAAUAAAAAUUCAUCAUUUAUUACUGUCUGUCUAAA